AUGGUCAAGCCUCGCACUGAGAACAGUGCUGUCAACGUACAAACCACCAGAAAUUGGAAACUGCUGAAUGAACGUCAACAAACCACCAGAAAUUGGAAACUGCCGAAUGAACGUCAACAAACCACUAGAAAUUGGAAACUGGUGAAUGAACGUCAACAAACCACCAGAAAUUGGAAACUGGUGAAUGAACGUCAACAAACCACCAGAAAUUGGAAACUGGCGAAUGAACGACAACAAACCACCAGAAAUUGGAAACUGGUGAAUGAACGUCAACAAACCACCAGAAAUUGGAAACUGGCGAAUGAACGACAACAAACCACCAGAAAUUGGAAACUGGUGAAUGGACGUCAACAAACCACUAGAAAUUGGAAACUGGUGAAUGAGCGUCAACAAACCACCAGAAAUUGGAAACUGGUGAAUGGACGUCAACAAACCACUAGAAAUUGGAAACUGGGGAAUGAACGUCAACAAACCACCAGAAAUUGGAAACUGGUGAAUGAGCGUCAACAAACCACCAGAAAUUGGAAACUGGGGAAUGAGCGUCAACAAACCACCAGAAAUUGGAAACUGGCGAAUGAGCGUCAAAUCGCUGACAGGAGUUCUUACCUUUUGAUGAUGUAA